AUCUGAUAGUGAUAGUAAACAAUCUAUCGCUUCAAGUUAUAUCCAACGGUUAAAUUACCCAACCUUGAUUCUUGAAAACUUUAUCAAGGCGUUCGUUAUCAAAAUGCCUACAGAACUUGAGGAAUUGGUUGGCUUCAUCGCUGACCCAAAACCAGAGAUUCGAGCUCUUGCGACAGAGCAUCUAGUGCCAUAUUCAACAUCUCAACCUAGUAUCUUCAAGGUUGAAAAUUUCAAGCCUAUCAAGAACUUGAAACUUUUAAUAAAAGAUCAUCCAAAAAUUGCCGAGCAUGUUAUAACCAUACUCAUCAAUCUGGCGGCUGACCGGGAAAUCUUAGAAAGUCUAGCUACUGACGAUAAAUUUGUAGAUGAAGUGCUAAGACAGAUCAUUAUCGCUAAUGAGCCCAAUGCAAACCUUCUAUCUAUGCUCCUAGCAAAUCUUGCAAAGUGGGACUCUCUGAAGAGGAUUCUACAUAAGAAGCAGCCAUCUCCAGAAGAACUUGGAUCAACCGAUUUGGUCUUGAGCCAGUUGGUUGAUCUGUUCGUCAAGGGCGCCGACGGGACGUACAAUAAGGAUGCAGAUUUUGAUCAUUUGGCUUAUCUCUUCGCCGAUCUGACAAAGCAUCCCGAGAUCCGCCAUUACUUUGUACGGAAGCAAGAGUACGACGGAGUGAUACCUAUCUCGAAGCUGAAGGUUUUCACUGAGUAUAAGUCGGACGUCAGGAGAAAGGGAGUCGCGUCUACUAUAAAAAACGUCGCUUUCGAUGUGCCUUCACAUCCGUCAUUCCUAUCAGAAGAUGAUAUUAACAUAUUGCCGUAUAUAUUGUUGCCGGUUAUGGGGAACGAGGAGUACGACGAGGACGAGAUGAUGUCGAUGCUUCCCGAUCUUCAACUUCUCCCACCUGACAAGCAACGCGAUACUGACCCGAACAUCAUUCAAACACACGUGGAGACUCUAUUGCUUUUCUCCAGUACCAGAGAAGGUAGAGAUCAGAUGCGCGAGGUCAAAGUCUAUCCGAUUAUUCGGGAAACGCACUUACGCGUAAAUAACGAGGGCGUUCGAGAUGCCUGCGAAAGAUUAGUCCAAGUUCUGAUGCGGGACGAGGCAGAUCCAGAUAAAGUGGGGGAUAAUGCCGGCCAGGACGACAACGAAGACGACGAUGACCAAAUUAUCGAGGUGUAAAUCCCAUAACUUGUGCGAAUUUGCUCGCAUAUUAUUGGUGAAACCGUCACAUGCUCGCUUAGAGCCGUUGGAGCCUGGAAGACUUCUUCAGCCGCUUCGGCAAGACAAGGCGAAAGGACACACCGCGGGCUUUUUUAAGAGCAAGUCGCCACAGUUUGACUUUUCUCGAUGGUCACGUUGCUAUAGGAUUAUAAUAGUCACCAUGCCAAGACCAUUUCCCUGGCAUGAUAAUCCUGAAAUUGGGACUUAUGGCUGACAGGUUGAAGGGUACCACA